AUAUGUUCGAUCACUCCCACACAAUUCUCCAAACCAAGAGCACAUAACGUAUCCAGGGCAGAGCAGCAUAUCGAUCUUAGAAUUAGCUUUCAGUUCACGCGCAUCAUACAAAAAUGGUGACCAACAUGACCCACGAUGACUACGUCUCCCUCUGCCUCAUGGCGCUCGCCCAGGCGGGCGUCGGGGGUCAGUGGCCGGCGCAGAAACAGCAGAUCGACAUGGCACCGCCGGCACCGGAACGCGAGCUUCUUCGGUUCCGGUGCUCCGUCUGCGGCAAGGCCUUCCCGUCGCACCAAGCGCUCGGCGGGCACAAGGCCAGCCACCGCAAGCCGCCGACGGCCGCGUUGCCCAUGCACGUAAUCGACGCGCCGCCGCCGCCGUCGGCCGAGGACACAGCCUCGUCGUCGACGACGACAACAACGUCGGGCGGCGGCAGGCACAGGUGCUCGGUUUGCCACCGUACCUUCGCGACGGGGCAGGCGCUCGGAGGGCACAAGAGGUGCCAUUACUGGGACGGGCUGUCGGUGGUGUCGGUCACGGCUUCGGCGUCAGGUUCCGGGUCGUCGAGCGUGAGGAACUUUGACCUCAACCUGAAACCGGUGCCGGAGACGGUGGCCGCUGGCGUCAGAAGGUGGGGAGAGGAGGAGGAGGUGCAGAGCCCUUUGCCGUUCAAGAAGCGCCGGCUGUCAAGCCCAUCAUUGGAGCUUAAUUUAUAGUAGCAUCUUAAUUCAUCCUAAUUCCUUACUGUCCAGAAAUUCAUUCGUUUACUUUUUUUUCUUGUUAAAGCUAUCCUUUGUGAUUAAUUAUCUCUUCGACCGUCUUUAUAUUCGUGACCAAGGAAGAAAUAAUUUCUGAAUCA